CGAUUAGUAGAAUCCGAUAGUAUUGAAAGACCAGUGGAGUUUCCCAGCUCAUACCUCCUGCCGCUGACUGACCAUUUCUUCAAACAAAACAACAGAACAUCCUCAACAGAGAACAAAAAACGAAGAAUAAAGGAUGCCGUUGAGUGCAACAAUGGUUGGAGCCCUUUUGGGAUUAGGCACCCAAAUGUAUUCUAAUGCCCUCCGGAAACUUCCUUACAUGCGCCAUCCGUGGGAGCAUUUGCUGGGUAUGGGAAUUGGAGCAGUGGCUACUAAUCAGAUGGUGAAAUGGGAAGCUAAGAGUAAUGAAGAUCUUGAUAAGUUGCUUGAGAAAGCUAGGCUUGCUAAUGAGCGCCGUUAUUUUGAUGAUGAAGAUUAAUACUAUUGGCGGUUUCCAGAGAGUGUUGUGACAGCAGCUUAUGAAGGGUCAAGUUGUUUUCUUAAGCCCGUUGUUUCCUCUUUGUAAGGUUGCAGUACAUUGAUCUUUGUAUUGGCGAAUAACACUUGCAAUAAUCAUAUUUCAAUGGCUUGCAAAUGUGUUCCCUAAUAAUGAGAUUAUUCAUAGUUCCCUAUGACUCUUUGGAUCAUUAUAUGUUAUGAAACUCAAUUUUUUACACAAAGAAAAACUUCUUUUCUGGCCCA